AUGCACGGUUCGGCGAGAAGACAGGCGCUACUACAACUGGCUGUGGGGAGACACUCCGUCGCAAGUCCUGCUGCUGGUGGUGUUGGGAGAUUGGUGAUGUGCUGUUAUGCUGAGCGUAGUUUUGAUGAGACGCUGUUGGUGAAGCGACAAGGGGAGGGUCUUGCAGAUAGCCGGCGCCGCUACUGUGCGAAGAGGUUCUACAGGGUGGCGGAGGUGGAGGAUGUUGGUAUAAUGGCUGCGGUGGUGGUGCGGCGUGAUCUGGACCCAACCAUAAGGGACGAGUCGGUUGUUGUAGUGAGGGAGGAGCAGGAGGUGGUGGAAACGAUCUGGGUGGGUAUGGAAUAUUAUGCGACGGCGAUUGUUGUUCCAUCCGCUCGUGCCUUGGCAGCAAAGAUGACAUCGGUGGUAAGGACAUGGCUUGAGCCUCUGGGAGGGGAUUGCGAUGCUCAAGGGACCUCGGAGGAGGAGGGUAUGGGUAGUUCUGAGUUAACGACAUGUUGCCGGGACGGGAAACCAGAAGGACAAUGGGCGAACAGCAGCGAAUGUCUUGUGAAGGAGGACCGCUCAAUUAGGCAAAAGACACUCAACUAG